UACGGCGACGAAACGUGUCCAUCGGAAAAAGUGACGCCAGGGCAAAGCAAAAAGAGAAUAAUUAAAACAUCAGAAUAUGCUUCGCUCUGCUCUGCAAAUAUCCCUUUCUCUUUGCUCACCUAUGAUUAUUUUUAUUUUAAUUUAUUAUGAUCUCUCUUUUUUCCUCUAUAAACUAUUCAAACUCAUCGCCAUCGCUCUUUAAUUUUAUUUGGCUUUCGUUCUCCAAUUCGUUUGUUCGAAGCGUUUUGGAGUUUUAGUCAUCAAUAUGGAGCUCGUACAGGACCUGUUUUUGACGGCGUCUUUCGCGCUGAUUCUCUCUUUCCUGGUUGCGAAGCUCGUUGCCAUGGCGGUGGCUGGCCGUCAAUCGGAAGCGGAGUUCAGAGAGUGUGAGAAUGCCGGUGGAGGUGUUGUUUUGGAGGAGGUGAGUUUCGAAGAGAGGAGACUGAAAGUGGAAAAGGCUUUUCACGGCCAGAGGAGGGUUGAGUUCGUCGGAGAAGUGAAGGAGGUCGAUCAAUUUCAAUUCGAAGACAAACCGGUUCAUCGAGUUGAGGAAAUUGAAGAACCACUGCAGCAUCAUGAAGAAGGUCGUGAAUUGACGGAGAAGGUGUUGGAGGAAGAAGGUUUGGGAGGAGAAGAGUCGGUGGCCGUCGGAUUGCCGGAAAAUCCAUCGGACGGCGAGGAGAAGGUGUCGGUUGAGAAAGCGAGAGACUUCGAUCAUCAAAACUUGGAGAACAGAGGAGUUGAAGAAAUUGGCGCGGAAUCAGCAACGAACGACGUCGUUACUGCACAAUCUGAGGAGCUUAGUGCUGUGGCUUUCGAUGAAGCAAAGGGAAAGGGCGAAGCGAAUGAGAUUAAACUGAAAGCUACCGACUUUGAUCGUGAACGUGGCCACGAGGCUCAGCAAAGCUCGGAGAAGAGAGGAGUUGAAGAAAUUAGCGCUGAAUCAGCAACAAACGAUGUCGUUUCUGCACAACCAGAGGAAGUUACGGCUGAGGCAUACGUGGCCAGUGAGGUUAAAUUCAACAAUUACAGCGAUGAAGAUGAUUGGGAAGGGAUUGAGAAGAGUGAGUUGGAUGAUGAUUUUACUGCUGCUGUGAAAUUUGAAGGACGAUGAUCGCUUGGCAAAUAUUGGCGGUCGCGGUGUGCAGGUGGCGCUAUAUUGAACUUCGAAGGGGGCAUUUGAACCUCAGCCUACGGCUCUCAACUCUUCUUCAGAUUUGUGCCAAGUGGUACUAGACUUCCUGUUAUUCUUCUCUGUUGAUAUAAUUAGUUUGUGUAGCUAUCCAUAUCUUUAUGCUUGCUUUACUGGUGUCUCAAUUCUAAUAUGGUGGAGAUACAAAAUGGUGAAAUCAGAAAAUGGUAAUUUGAACCUAGAUAUCUUACACCUUACCAUGAAAAUAUAAAUGUAAAUUGCUAGAUUGGGGAUUGAGAAAAACAAGAGUAAAAUGUCAGGCAUAAAUCAAUUGCAUUAUACUUGAACUAUGGGAAUUAUUGUUUUGUCCAAAAGGUGUAAAUUGAACUAUGCGAACAAAUGUUGUUAGAGAUAA